AUGGCGGCGUUUGUUUUCUCUGGAGGUUCUGAGACGAGAUUCCUCAUUCCUAGCACGACUCCUCUUCUGUCAAAUAGCUGUCAACAAGAGGUCCCCAGGCCGCUCCUCUCCCCUGUAGUUUGACCUGUAACAGCUGUCGGAAAAUGGGCCAGACUUCGUCGAGUGGCGUUAAGGCGCACAUGGAGACGGCCCAGAAGACGGGCGCCCUUGUGCUGUCCAAUAGGAAGCUGGCGGAGGUACCAGACUUGUCUGCAGUCAUAAAAGUUUUACGGACCUUAGAUUUGUCUGCAAACAAGCUCCCAGCUUUACCACCUUCUGUAUGUGAGCUUUCAAACCUAAAGCAUCUUAAUGUGAAUGGGAAUAAAAUAAACUACCUCCCAGAUGAUCUGGGAAGACUAACAAGAUUGGAGUCAUUGUCUGUAGGGUCCAACCUUAUCACAUCCUUGCCAGACUCUCUUUCUGGUCUCAAACACUUGAAGUCAAUUACAGUCAGUGAUAACCAGUUGACUGAGUUCCCUUUGUGUUUGUGUGGUCUUCCUCAACUUGAUGCUGUGGAUCUCAGUGGGAAUCAAAUUACUUGUAUCCCUGAAGGCAUUGAGGGUCUACAGGCAGUUGAAGUUAAUUUGAAUAUGAAUCAGGUAUCUGAAGUGGCGUCUGCAAUUGCUUCGUGUCCACGCUUGAAGACUCUUCGUCUGGAGGAGAAUUGUUUGUCACUUGCAGGCAUUCCCACGGAGUUGCUCACCGAUUCACAAGUGUCACUGAUGUGCCUUGAAGGAAACCUCUUCCAAAUGAAGGAAUUGGAAGAAGUUGAUGGCUAUGGAAAGUACAUGGAAAGGUAUACAGCAGUGAAGAAGAAGAUGUUUUAACUUUCCAAAAGUGGCCAUGUAUUAUGUUAAUGAAUUCGAAAGUUCAGACUACCAUCUGCCAAAGGAUUUGUAGCUUUUAAAAAAAAGAUUAACACUGUUAUUUUUAUACUGGUGGUAAAAGUGGAUGAUAGUAAAUACAGUGGUAAGUGAUACAUUAUGUAUUUGCUAAUAUUUUUUGUUUUUUUGUUUUAAAUGAGAUUCAUUUAGUA